AUGCCAACCAAAAAGCGAAGGGACAAACACCCCAGUGUUGAUGGGAGAAUCCACACUGGGGUAAAACAAAAUGAAAGUGUGGAGUUUGGAAAUUGUGUGGUCAAGAGAAGUGAGACAACCAUUCUUUACCAAGCAAGGGACUUCUCCAAAAUCCCGAACCAGGAAGAGAUGCCAGCUCAGAAGAGAAAGAACAAGGGCAGAAUCCACAUAGUGGAAAAACAAAAUGAAAAGACAGAGCUUGGAAACAGCUUCAUCAAGACCAGAAGCCAUACUUCAGAUCAUAGAAUUCACACGGAGGAGAAUCAGUAUGAAUGCCCAAUGUGUGGGAUGACCUUCUCCAAUGUUACCAACUUUAAUAUACAUUUACAGACACACAAUGGAGAGAAGCCAUUUCAAUGCUUUGAGUGUGAAAAGAGCUUCAGACAGAAAUCGCACCUCCGAGAUCAUCAGAGAAGCCACACAGGAGAGAGGCCGCACAACUGCUCUGAGUGUGGGAAAAGCUUUUCCCUUAAAUCGAGUCUUGUCCGGCAUCAAAUAAUUCAUUCAGAGGACAAAGGGUUUAAAUGCUCUGAGUGUGGGAAGAGCUUCAGUCAGAAAACAAAGCUUACUUCACAUCGGAGGAUCCACAUGCUGGAGGAACCAUAUAAGUGUUUGGAGUGUGGACUGAACUUUUCAAAUCAAACCCAAUUUAAUCUGCAUCUCAGGAUGCACCAUGGAAAGAAGCCCCACAUGUGUUCCGAGUGUGGGAAGAACUUUCUAUAUAGAGCACUUCUCCUACGACAUCAAAGGAUGCACACAGGGGAAAAACCUUACAACUGCUCAGAGUGUGAGAAGAGCUUCUCUGCUAAAUCGUACCUUGUUAUACACCAAAGAAUUCAUUCUGGAGAGAAACCAUACAAGUGCUUGGAGUGUGCAAAGAGGUUCAGAACACGUGAUAAACUUACUGUGCAUCAUAGAAGUCACACAGGGGAGAAGCCCUAUACAUGCUUAGAGUGUGGAAAGAAAUUCACUCAGAAAAAAUAUCUUCAAAGACAUCAGACUAUCCACACAAGAGGAAUUUUAUAA